CUCCGUAGCCAUUUUGGCUCAAGCCGUGCGGCUGUGUGGGCCUUUCGACAUGCCCGACCUAACCCGAACUGCUUGCUUCUCGCCAGCCCUGCACUGCACAGGGAGCGAUGCCGUGCCUCUCCAAGUGCGUGGUCGCUUCGUGCGUCGCGGGCGCCGCCACCACCGCCAGCGCCUUCACCUCUCCGGCCGGCCUGCGCGGGCGCGCGGCGGUGCACGCUCCCAACUCGGCCACUCUGCAGAUCGAUGCGGCCAUCGCUCAGGAGGCCGCGGCCGGCACCCCCGUGUGCGCCUCGCUGGCUCUGGGCGCCGCCUUGGGCCUCUCCGCCGCGGCCGCGGCCGCCAGCCACCGCACUGGCCGGCGAUCGCGCGCUGCCGGCGUCGCGCGCCGCCAGGGCGCCGUGGAGGUCCAGGCCCCGACCGCGCUGGAGAUGGGCCGCGUGGCGCCUCCCGCCUCGGCGGAGGGCUUCGGCGACAGCGUGUUCCGGGGCGCCGUGGCCGAGCCCUACCUCAGGAAGCACGGCCUGAGCCUGGAGACGCUGGCGGACCCCUCGUGGUGCAAGGACCAGGUGAAGUCUGACGCCAUGGCGGGUGCUGUUCUCGAGUGGGCCACCGACCGCGGCGCCACAGUCUUCUGCCACUGGUUCCAGCCCAUGGGCAGUGCUGGCAUGCGCCAUGGGCAGACCGCCAUGGUCCAGAUCUCGAUGCUGAGCUUCAGCGCCGAUGGCGUUCCGUCCUACCAGCUGACAGGCGACCACCUCUUGUCUGGCGAGACGGAUGGGUCUUCGUACCCUAACGGCGGCCUGCGCGCCACUCACUCGGCGGGCGCGUACUUGAAGAUCGACCCGUGCUCGCCCAUCUUCCUGCGCGGCGACACGGUCUUCAUCCCCGCCUGCUUCGUGGCCUACACCGGCGAGGCGCUCGACGAGAAGACCCCGCUGCUGCGGGCCACAGAGGUGGUGUCCAAGGAGGGCCAGAGGCUGCUGAAGCACCUGGGCCUGGAGUGUUCUGGCCUUGUCAACAACAUCGGCCUCGAGCAGGAGAUGUUCCUGGUGGACCGCGAGGCGUACUACAAGCGUCCAGAUCUCCAGCUCGCCGGGCGCACGGUGAUGGGCAACGAGGCUCCGCGCGGGCAGGAGAUGUGCGACCACUAUAUGGGCCCGCUGUCCUCGGCAACGCCAGCGCUCAAGUGCAUACAAGAGAUCCAGGAGGAGUGCUUCAAGAUGGGCAUCCCGCUGAAGACGCGGCACCGCGAGGUGGCGCCGAACCAGUACGAGUUCGCGCCGCUGUUCGGCCCCGCGCCCGUGCAGACCGACCAAAACCUGAUGGUCAUGCAGGUCGCCGAGGAGGUCGCCGCGAAGCACGGCCUCGCCUGCCUGCUCAACGAGAAGCCCUUCGCGGGCGUGAAUGGCAGCGGCAAGCACAACAACUGGUCCCUUGCCACUAAUGAGGGCGUGCAGCUGUUGAAGCCAAAAGCCAUCAACGAGGCCACCGGCAACCCCGAGGCGUUCCCGGUGGUCAUGGCGGCGCUGGUGUCGGGCAUCGACAAGCACGGCGACCUGAUGCGCAUGGCCAUCGCCAGCCCCGGCAACGACUUCCGCCUGGGCGCCUGCGAGGCGCCGCCGGCUGUCAUGUCCACGUAUCUCGGAGAGGACAUGACCGCUUACCUGCAGAAGUUCAUGGACGGCGAGUCGUCGGAGUACACGCCGAAGACCACCGAGCUCUCCUUCGGCGUGUCCUCUGUGGCGCCCAUCGAGAUCCCGGCCGAGGACAGGAACCGUACGAGCCCAUUCCCAUAUGGCGGCGCGCGCUUCGAGUUCCGCGCAGCGGGCUCGUCUCAGAACGUCUCUCUGAUCAACACGGUGCUCUGCACCCUGGCCGCCGAGGGCUUCAAGGUGAUCAGCGACAGGGUCGAGGCUGGCGAGAAGGCCGCGGACGUCGCGCGCGACCUGCUGAAGCAGCACUCGAAGUGCAUCUUCAACGGCAACGGCUACGACCCCGCGUGGCCGGAAGAGGCCGAGGAGAAGGGCAUCUGGCGCAUCGACAGCGGCGUGGAGGCGAUGUGCCGCAUGUCGGCGGACAAGAACAAGCAGCUCUUCUCCGACAUGGGCAUUUUCACCGACGCCGAGUGCGAGGCUCGCGAGGCCGUGCUGCUCGAGCACUACAAGGGCACGGUGGAGAUCGAGUGCAAGACCAUGAUCGAGAUGAUCCACCAGCACGUGAUCCCCGCCGCCAAGAACGCUGGCGUCGACAGGGUGGCGGCGCUCACUGCCGAGGCGGAGCGCCUCUCGUCUUCGCUGUCCGCCAUGCUCGCGGCGGGCACGCCGCUGGAGGCCGCGCGCCUUGCUAGGACCCUGCGCCUGGAGACCAUGGAGGAGGCCCGGAAGGUGUGCGACGAGACGGAGGCGUUGGUGCCUCCGGCGCUGUGGACGCUCGCGAGCUACCGCGAUCUCCUGUUCCUGGACACGCACAAGAACGCGACGCACUGAGCAUGCAGGCGCUGGGGCGCGGCAUGUGACCCCUGCAUCCUCCUCUGGAAGCGCUGCGGCAUCACCGCGCGCACGUGCAGGGGCGCGCGGCGUGGCGCAGAAGGGGCACGACAGCGGUGGACCCAUACAUUCAAAUAUGGAAGGGAGCUGCUCGUUGUGACCUCCUCUGCGAAAGCAUCCGUGCACAGGCGUUGUGGAGCGAAGCCUGUGCGAUUGCGACUGCGAUUCUGCAUUUUUCCUCUGCGGGCGGCGCCCAUGCUGGCAUCUGCCGCGAUUUUGGCGUUUUCUCCCAAGCUGGCAUCGGGUUCGGUGGAGCUGAACCCUGUGCUCACAUCUUCAUCGCUUCAUUACCUGGCGGUGAUGCGCUUCAGAGUUCUUGCAGAUGCCUGGAUCGUGCCGGCGGCCGUCGAGACAUCGUUGGAGCGUCGCGGACACUGCUCAUGGUGGCCGCUCACGACACGAUCAGUCUGUAACUAAUCCAGCUGCCUGCGGCAAGUCCCGCACCCGUGGCAGCCCAGCACUGUGGGUGACGGCUGUCAGAGGGGGCGCGGGAGGCCGUCAUUUGUGACACCUCGCAUGUCCAGGUUUGAGAGAGCAAUGAUUGUGAAGAUAAUGAGGACGAU